UGCGCGAACGGCGACGGCGGCGGGGCUGUUGGUCAGACGGCCGCUCGGGCAGGAGGUUGGCGGCGUGAGGUGUUAGUGGGGUGGUAGCGGUUUCCCCCGUAGCUGGAGCGGCGGCGCUGGCACUCGCCAUCAUGUCUCGGGGCUCGAUUGAGAUCCCCCUCCGGGAUACCGACGAGGUCAUUGAGCUUGACUUCGAUCAAUUACCGGAGGGGGAUGAAGUUAUAAGCAUUUUGAAACAGGAACAUACUCAGCUGCACAUAUGGAUUGCCCUAGCGCUGGAAUAUUACAAACAAGGCAAAACAGAAGACUUUGUGAAACUAUUAGAGGCUGCUCGCAUAGAUGGAAACCUGGAUUAUAGAGACCAUGAAAAAGAUCAGAUGACUUGCUUAGAUACCUUAGCAGCCUACUAUGUACAGCAGGCUCGGAAAGAAAAGAACAAAGAUAACAAGAAAGAGCUUAUUACGCAAGCUACACUAUUGUACACUAUGGCUGAUAAAAUUAUCAUGUAUGAUCAGAAUCACUUAUUGGGAAGAGCCUGUUUCUGCCUUCUGGAGGGGGAUAAGAUGGAUCAAGCAGAUGCACAGUUUCAUUUUGUACUCAAUCAGUCUCCCAAUAAUAUUCCAGCCCUUCUUGGUAAAGCAUGCAUUUCGUUUAACAAGAAAGAUUACAGAGGUGCCCUUGCCUAUUAUAAAAAGGCUCUGCGAACUAAUCCUGGCUGCCCAGCUGAGGUUCGUCUGGGCAUGGGCCAUUGCUUUGUAAAGCUGAACAAGCUAGAGAAAGCUCGCCUGGCGUUCAGCAGGGCACUGGAACUCAAUUCCAAAUGUGUGGGGGCUUUAGUUGGAUUGGCUGUUCUGGAACUAAAUAACAAAGAGGCGGAUUCCAUCAAAAAUGGUGUCCAGUUACUCUCUAGAGCUUACACAAUUGAUCCUAGUAACCCUAUGGUAUUAAAUCACUUGGCAAACCAUUUCUUCUUUAAAAAGGAUUAUGGUAAGGUCCAACAUUUGGCACUUCAUGCUUUUCACAAUACAGAAGUAGAAGCAAUGCAGGCAGAGAGUUGCUACCAGCUGGCCAGGUCUUUUCACGUUCAGGAAGAUUAUGAUCAAGCUUUCCAAUAUUAUUACCAAGCCACACAGUUUGCCUCUUCAUCUUUUGUACUGCCAUUUUUUGGACUGGGUCAAAUGUACAUUUACCGAGGAGACAAAGAAAAUGCAUCACAAUGCUUUGAAAAAGUUUUGAAAGCCUACCCUAACAAUUAUGAGACCAUGAAAAUUCUUGGAUCUCUCUACGCUGCUUCAGAAGAUCAAGACAAACGAGAUAUUGCAAAGGGUCAUUUAAAGAAGGUGACAGAACAGUAUCCAGAUGAUGUGGAAGCUUGGAUUGAGCUAGCACAAAUCCUUGAGCAGACAGAUAUACAGGGUGCUCUUUCAGCCUAUGGCACAGCGACACGAAUACUUCAGGAAAAAGUACAAGCUGAUGUUCCCCCAGAAAUUUUAAAUAAUGUGGGUGCUCUUCACUUCAGACUUGGAAACUUAGGAGAAGCAAAGAAAUAUUUUUUGGCAUCCCUGGAUAGAGCUAAAGCAGAAGCAGAACACGAUGAACAUUACUACAAUGCAAUUUCAGUGACAACAUCAUACAACUUAGCCAGAUUAUAUGAAGCAAUGUGUGAAUUUCAUGAAGCAGAGAAACUGUACAAAAACAUCCUAAGGGAACAUCCAAAUUAUGUUGAUUGCUACCUGCGUUUAGGAGCUAUGGCUAGAGAUAAAGGAAACUUUUAUGAAGCUUCUGACUGGUUUAAAGAAGCACUUCAAAUCAAUCAGGACCAUCCUGAUGCUUGGUCCCUGAUUGGCAAUCUUCACUUGGCCAAACAAGAAUGGGGUCCAGGACAGAAGAAAUUUGAACGAAUAUUAAAACAACCAUCAACACAGAAUGACACUUACUCUAUGUUGGCUUUGGGCAAUGUAUGGUUGCAGACUCUGCACCAACCCACCAGAGACAGAGAGAAGGAAAAACGUCAUCAAGAUCGUGCCCUAGCCAUCUACAAACAGGUCCUCAGGAAUGACCCCAAGAAUUUGUAUGCUGCUAACGGCAUAGGAGCUGUGCUGGCACACAAAGGAUAUUUCCGUGAGGCUCGUGAUGUUUUUGCCCAAGUGAGAGAGGCAACCGCGGAUAUCAGCGAUGUGUGGCUUAAUCUCGCACACAUUUACGUGGAGCAGAAGCAGUACAUCAGUGCUGUGCAGAUGUAUGAGAAUUGUCUCCGAAAAUUCUAUAAACAUCAGAACACCGAAGUAUUGCUGUAUUUGGCCCGAGCUCUCUUCAAAUGUGGUAAAUUACAAGAAUGCAAACAAACAUUGCUAAAGGCAAGACAUGUAGCCCCCAGCGAUACAGUCCUUAUGUUCAACGUGGCUCUUGUGCUGCAAAGGCUAGCUACCUCUGUCCUGAAAGAUGAAAAAAGCAACCUGAAGGAAGUACUAAAUGCUGUGAAAGAACUGGAGUUAGCUCACAGAUACUUCAGUUACUUGAGUAAAGUGGGAGAUAAAAUGAGAUUUGAUUUGGCGCUUGCUGCAACCGAAGCCAGGCAGUGUUCGGAUCUGCUGAGCCAAGCUCAGUAUCACGUAGCUCGGGCUCGCAAGCAGGAUGAAGAAGAGCGGGAGCUGCGAGCAAAACAAGAGCAAGAAAAAGAACUGCUGCGUCAGAAGUUACUCAAAGAACAGGAAGAAAAACGUCUCAGGGAAAUAGAAGAGCAGAAGAAACUUUUGGAACAGAGAGCACAAUAUGUGGAGAAGACCAAGAAUAUUCUCAUGUUCACAGGAGAAGUUGAAGGCUCAAAAGAGAAAAAGCGUGGUAGUGGAGCUGGCCGGCGUUCCAGAAAAACUGGAGAAUUUGAUGAGUUUGUCAAUGAUGACAGUGACGAAGACCUUCCAGUAUCCAGAAAGAAAAAGAGGAGGAAGGGCAGUGGCAGUGAACAAGAUGGCGAAGAAGAGGAUGGAGAGAAGAAAAAGAAGAAGCGACGAAGACCUCAAAAAGGAGAUGGUGAUACUGAUGAUGAGGAAAACGACACUGCACCUAGACAGAAGAAGCGCCGCCCAGCCAAAACCGAGAAGAGAAGAAUGUCCAAGCCAGAACGCUUGCCUCUUUCAAUGAAGGGAAAAAUCAAAUCUAAAGCCAUCAUUUCAUCAAGCGAUGACUCAUCUGAUGAAGAUAAACUCAAAAUUGCUGAUGAUGGCAAUGCCAGGAACAGCAACAGUGACUCAGAUGAUGCCGAGCAGCAGCGUAACAAAAAUGUUGUGUCUGACAGUGAUAUGGACAACAGUAACAAGUCUGGCAGCGAGGGAGGCAGUCCCAGGCGAUCCAGUGCCCGCCCUUCGGAUGAAGACUCGGACAGUGAUGGUUCAGUGAGAAAGAGAAGACAGUCUGAUUUAGAGCCAUCGGAUAAUGAGUCUGUGCAGUCAGGAAGAAGUCAGUCCGGUGGUUCUGAGAACGAAUCUCGCCCAGCUUCCCGCAGUCCUGAUUCUGACAGAGAUUCAGAGAGAGUCUCUGACAAUGAGGGCUCGGCUAAUGAGUCUGAGCCAGAGGCUUCCAACAACGAGGCUUCCGAACGAGGCUCAUAUCAUGGAUCUGAUGAUAGUGAUUAAAUGUCAGCUGCAGCCCGGUUCUUUUAAACUCCUUUGUAAAUACAUAUCCUUCUGAGCCUAAGGAUAGACAACCAUCAUUUAUAUCUCAAAAUUGAUUUUUAAAACAUGCAUAGCUAUACUUUAGGAAGAAAAGUCGUGAAACUUUUCCUACAGCAUUUUUCUACUGAACAACCCAUUCACUAGAGCCUAGUGUUGUUCCUUUAGCGUACGUGAGCUACUCAAGUACCACAUUUGGCAAUAACUAAGCUGCAUACUUAUGUUCUGUAGGUUGCCCCAAGUCGCCCUAUCAGGAAGAUGGGCGGCAUAUAAAUUUAAUAAAUAAAGUAAAAUAGUGCGUUUAAAAGUUUAUUUUGUUGAAAUGUACAUAUGAUCUGAAAUGAACUAAAUGGUCAAAAUGGUAACAUUGUAUCCAGUGAUGCUCCCUUGAACCACCUGAAAUAAACGCUUUGAAGUCCUCUGAUUUGGGUGGAAGACUAGCUUGUCCUGCCUUGCCUGGUCUUGCUAGGUGUUCUGGUACUUUCUGAAGUGAUGUAAAGAAUGGGUCUACAAACUCUCAUUCUGGCUAGCAAACUCUUUUAUGUACAUACUUCUUUUAGUAAAAUUCUAAAUUUUAAAAGUUUUCUUUUCAUUUGAAAAUUGCUACAGGUACCUAAAUAAAUUAUAGCUUUGUAAUGUGGCCAAAUUGCAAUACUGUACAAGAGCCCUCCUGGAAUAAAAUGAUCUGCU